CCCCUAUCCGUUUUCGACCGUGAAAAGUUUGGCUCAAGAAGUCCAACAACUGUUGCUGAAUUUUACUUUAUUGUUGAUUUUUUGACUAGUCAUGGUUGAAAAAUGUUUCAUCUGAAAUUUGGAAAAUAACGGUAGUGCAUGCUGAGAGUCGAAAAGUGAAAAUAAAUAUAAUCCAUACGAGACCGUCGAUGCCAUAUACUCUGGAUCAAAACUGUUUGACUUGCAAAUAGGGUUGUCUCCAGGUGGUUUGUUGCAAUAACGAAUGCCAGUGAAAGUCAGACAAACAUGUUUGGAAACACAACGUGGAAUGAAACUUUCGGUCUACAUAACGAUUCCACGUAUCAUGGGAACGUGACAAACAUUGAAAUAAUGGUAUCGAUGAUGGUGCCGGUGUUCUUCGGUUUGAUAGGUCUCGCUGGAUUAAUAGGAAACGGCCUGGUUGUAUUAGUUGUUGCUGCUAAUCCCAACAUGCGAUCUACUACAAACUUGCUUAUCAUAAAUUUGGCGGCUGCGGACUUGUUGUUUGUGAUAUUUUGUGUUCCAUUUACCGCGACUGAUUAUAUCCUACCGGAAUGGCCUUUUGGAUUGAUUUGGUGCAAAUUUGUACAAUAUAUGAUAGUAGUGACUGCCCAUGCCAGUGCGUACACCUUAGUUUUAAUGUCCUUGGAUCGUUUUUUGGCAGUGGUGCAUCCAAUUACCAGUAUGUCGAUUAGAACAGAAAAGAAUGCUGUGAUAGCAAUAACCGUGGCAUGGUUCGUCAUAGUGACCACGGCCAUUCCAGUGGCCAUAUCACAUGGAGUUCUGCAUUAUCCCAGCAGGGGUGGCGAUUAUACGGCGUGUCUCUUUCUUCACACAGAAGGAUACAGUUUGAUUGCAUUUCAUGUAUCGUUUUUCCUGUCAUCAUACGUCGUCCCACUCACGCUGAUAUCGAUGCUGUAUAUUGGGAUGCUGGCCCGGCUAUGGAAAGGUGCACCAGGAGGUCGAGUCUCGGCUGAAUCUAGGCGAGGAAAAAAACGAGUCACGAGAAUGGUAGUAGUCGUGGUUUUAGCGUUUGCGAUAUGUUGGUGCCCUAUUCAGGUCAUUCUGAUGCUAAAGGCCUUUGAGGUGUAUGAAGUCACACACGCUAGCAUCAUCAUCCAAAUCGUGGCGCACGUACUGGCGUACACCAACUCGUGCAUCAAUCCCGUGUUGUACGCUUUCCUAUCGGAUAAUUUCCGGAAAGCAUUCCGCAAGGUGGUAUGGUGUGGAAAGCCUCCCUCGCUCAUGCCACAGGGCGGUCCUCAGACGAAAACCACCCGUACUGGUAAUGGGACAUCUAAUGCGGAUGUUUUGUGAGUGGAAGUUGGUGAUAGCAAACUUGUUGAAAAGUACAUCGAAAUUACUAGUGUGUAGGAUAACCACUUGCCUGGGCCUGAUGCAUUGUAAAUAGCUAGCAUAAAUCAUCCAAACAGUAGAUUAGAUAUAUGUGACUACCACAACAAGUUGGCUUUCGAUUGGAAGCACAAAGUGUGCUACCAUCACAGUAUCAAUAAGGGAUUUCUCAGAAUCUUGCUAUGUGUACGACUAGCAAACAGAAAACCAUGAAGGAUAGAUUGUUCACCCGAAGCUUCAUAGUAAAAGUGAUUGAACUUGACAAAUCAUUCAAACAAACUGAUGUAUAUACGUCUACAUUGUGCUCAAAAAUCCUGGAACAAUCCUACGGUCAUAUUGAAUUUCCUUUCUGUUGAUUACAAUCACCACCGUCCGUUCAGGUUUGUAUCAUAUGAUAUGAUUCAUAUUAUCUAUCUAACAGUAAGCUGACACGUGCCCUUCUACGGUCGUACAGUAAAAAUAACCACACCGGUGAAGAAGUGUUUCAUAUACGGGUUCAAAACAUUGUCCUUCUGAUAAAGGUACCAUACAACUGAAGAACAAACAGGCUUUGAUUGUUUUCAACCCAUA